UUUUUACUCGUCACCAUAGUGACACAAGAUACAUCGAUAACAAGUUUGUUAAACGAGACAUAAAAAUUAAGAAGGUAGAUAGGAAGAUAGAAAGACAGAAAGAAAUAGGUGAAAAAUGGAACAAGUACUUUAAAAAAUAAAAACAUUGACAUAGCGAAAAGCAAACCACACGAAAAUGAAAACAAAUAUUCUGGUGUUGCUGUGUUGUACUCUAUCACUCACGCACUGUGAUAUUCCCUUAGGAAUACUAUCACCAAACAAGGAUAAGUAUGAAGAGUAUAUAUACAACAAGACUGUCCAACUCGCGACAGAAGAAAACGCUCCCCCGGAUGUCAAGGUCACGUACAGAGUUGAAACAACUAUGUGUGAUGCCAUUCUUACGUCCGGCAAAACGUCCGACUUGAUAUACACCUACAAUGUGUCGGCUGUUUUUGGGCCAAGAUGCGGCUCUUGCAACGCGGCAAUACAAGGGACUACAUACUCAAACAAACUGCUUAUCUCCCACAAUUGCAUCGAGGUUACUUCAAGCGCAGCUUUUCCAUAUUUUAUCAGAACGAGACCAUUUGCGAGAGAACAUAGUACACAAAUAGCCAACAUUUACAGCAUAAUGGCACGUAAAUUCGAUUGGCAACGACUAGGUAUCGUUUUUUCGACCGUAUCAGGAUGGUCCACAGCAAAAAACGGCGUCGAAACAGAAUUAAGAAAAAAAGAUCUGAACGUUGUAACAUUCGCAGUAGAAGCUUACAACAGUUUAGAACUAAUUCUUAGCGACGUCAAAAAAAGAGCGCGAAUUGUUCUGUUUCUAUGUUCGGAGACGACGACCAUAGACAUUCUCGUUGCUGCAUACACCGCAGGUUUCUAUGACGCACAUCAAUAUGCGUUCAUUACCAUCGACUUGGAUUUACUCGUUCUGGAGGAAAAGAAUUUAGGCCAGACUGAAGCCGAAAUACUGAAUGGAAUUAUUAAUAUUAAAGCACGAUCUCCAAAGGAUGUUCCCACGACAAAGUACACCUCGUUUCUGAACAAAAUGAAUGAAUCCUUCUUCGAUGAAUUCGACACGUACAAUCCUUAUACAGAGAUUGGGCAUAUGGAACACGUUUAUGAAUCUGCUUCUUACCUCUACGACGCAGUGCUUGUGUACCUACAAAGCGUGAAAGAUGCGCUUGAUGAUCACAUGCCAGUGCCAGUAACACCAAGUACUAUCGCCACUAUCAACACCACAGAUCCAUGGAACACCACCGCGCCUACAGCGAACACUACAGAGGCUGUUAAUUCCCCACAGAGUUCAAUAAAUACAACAAAUUCUGCUAACACUACGACAGUUUUGAGUGCCAACAUGGUCAAUGCAACAAUGCCAAGUAACGUAUCCAUGACGACAAAUGCAAAAAAUGAAACAGCUUCUACAACUCACACACCAAAUUAUCGUGCACAUCGAGAUGUUGUCUACAACACAACGCUUAUUAAGAGAUACAUAAAAAGUGGAACGUUUGAUGGUUUAACGGGUAAAAUCGAUAUUAAAGAAUUGGGCACACGUGAUCCAGAUCUAAUGAUAAUCAACUUAUUACGAAACGGGACACAGCUCCUAUUUCAUGGCACCUGGACCAAUGCGGAAAUUGUAUGGCUUGGCGGAUCCGAAAACGUUCCAGCAGACGAGCCUCAAUGUGGAUUUUCUAACAUUUGCCCAAGUGAUAACUCGACAUGGAUAAUAGUAGCGAUUGUUGCACCCGUGGCGCUUCUUCUUCUUUUUAUCAUCUACAAGCUGAUCAAAUUGCAACGAUACGAAAACGAUAUAAACAACAAGGAAAGCAUAAAAAGUUUCGCAGACGUGAAGAUCAAUCCGCUUCUCCAGGGGAAGUUAUCACAAGAGCAAGCUAUCAACAAACACGGCACACUAAACGAGGUCAGCGGAAAUAUACGCAUGCGCGUUUAUUACAAUGGAAAGAAAACCAUGCUAAAGAAAUUGCCAAAGAAAGCUGUUUUAAUGACCAGGGAAAUUAUGACUGAUUUGAAAGUGCUGCGAGACUUGAACCACGAAAACAUAAACAAAUACAUCGGGGUGAUAUCCAAGUCGCCUGUUAUUUGCAUCUUACAGGAAUGGUGCAAAAAAGGAAGUUUAUAUGACAUCUUAAACAACGAAGAUAUACAAUUAGAUUGGGUUUUCAAGAAUACCUUCAUAUCUGAUAUCCUAAAUGGCAUGGUAGCUAUUCAUGACAGUCCAUUAAAACUGCACGGCCAUUUGACAUCCAAAAACUGCUUGAUCAAUCAUAGAUGGGUUGUGCAGAUAUCAGACUAUGGAAUGAGAGAAUUUAAGAAAAUCAAGAACCAAAAAGAUGUUCCAGUACCUAACGAUGAACAGCUCAAAUAUGAAAAUCUGCUAUGGACAUCCCCAGAGAAUAUCAACUUUCCACAUAACCUAAUGACGCGUCAAGGAGACGUGUACAGUUUUGGAAUAAUAAUAUCAGAGAUUAUUAAUCGCCAACCCCCAUACGCUGCGUUUGACGAUAUGAGACCUAGUGACAUCAUACAUUACGUCAACAAACGAUGCAUACCCCCGUUUCGACCACACGUCACAUUACAAACCGGUCUUGAUCCAAGGUUGGUAGACUUAAUGAAAACGUGCUGGGAAGAAUGGCCUGAAGACCGUCCAUUGUUUAAGGAACUUAAACCGCAAAUGAAAACCAUUCGAGGAGAGAGUGUUGACAUCUUGGACAAUAUGAUCGAGAUGAUGGAACGAUACAGCAGGGACCUCGACAAGACUGCGAAAGAAAGAACCGAGAUGUACAAAAAAGAAAAAAUCAAAUCAAAUCAGUUACUAUACCGAUGUAUUCCGAAACCAAUCGUGACGGAACUACUAGAAGGUAACCUGAUUGAACCGGACAACAUCAAUCCUGCAACUAUAAUGAUCGUAAAAAUUGAAGGCUUUUCCUCACUCAUGAAAUGGUUGAAACCUCAACAAAUAAUCGAUGUUUUGAAUGACUUCCACAGAAUGAUUGAGCAAGUCACUGAACCAGUUAAAAAUGUAUUUAAGUCUCUCGUAGACAGGGAAGAAUGCAUAUUUUGCGGAAACAUACCAUGUUACAAAGAAAGAUCGUCACCGCACCUAAUGGCGAAUCUUGCACUAAAAAUUGCAAAAGCACGACCGAGGUUCAGAUGGAGACAUCUUGGUGAGGAAGUUCUGCGACUUAAAAUCACCUUGCAUUCAGGACCUGCAACUGGAGUGAUGGUUGGUAAUAAAAUACCCGUGUACAACAUAUUAGGUACAACCAUGGAUUAUGUCCGUGCUUUAACUCACUACACGCCUCACGAUAAAAUUGUUGUUUCAAACGACUGUUAUGAGUUGUUAAAAGACGAUGAAGACUUCAUUUGGCAAAGCAUAGGCGAGGUACAAUCUGAGGACAUUGAGUUGACAGAACCACAAUAUCUCAUUGGCUCCAAAGUUAUUGGUAUGGUUUUUCCAGAAGAUCCAACAGUGGUAGUCGAUGAAGAAGAGGAAGUUGAAGAGAUGGAAGAAAAAGAAGAGUUCGUGGAUAUUAAACCAUUAGUGAAGGAAAAACCACCGUAUAUGGACGUGUCUGCGGUAGUACAAACUGCGUUCAAACAAUGGUUCGAAAAGAAAGAAAUGAACGCUGUUCCUAUGAGAGCAUUGAACAAAGAAGCAGAUAUAUAAAAUUGUAGGAAUACGCCCAGGCCAUUCUAAAUGACUUUCUCAGCUUAUUGUGAGAAACUACGAACCAAAGGAUAUCAAAAAACAAUAUUUACACGUGAAAUAUCAAAAAAUGUUACGUUGGAUCAAAUAUUGUAUAUUACAUAUGAAUUUUCCAAAGACCAAAAUUACAAAA